CCGCCUCCUCGCCCAACCCAGUCCCACACAAUCCUUUCCGUGGUUUUUGGCGCAAAAACACGAAUUAAAGAGUUUCCGGAAUCAUGUUCGCCAAUACCGUGUGGCGCCGAACAGUGAGCAUAAGUUCGUAUGCAUCUUCCGCCCGGCGGAACCGAGUGCUUCGGCAAGAUGGUUCGCGCAUCCCUGUGAACCGUUAUCCCAUCGCGAAGCCCGACGACACCCGCGUGUACGUGUGGGGAUUGGCCGCCACGGGUGCCCUUGGGAUGCAAACCUCGGUGAAGAAACAGGCCCAGGUGUACACCGACUAUGUGCAGCAUCCUAGCAGGCUUAGCUUCGCCGAAGCCCACUCUGUGACGGAUAUCGCCUCGGGUUACGGAUUUACGGUCUUCGCAGUAGACUCCAGCCGCAACAAACGAUCGGAAUCAGCCGGCUGUCCACUCUGGGGAACGGGCAUUAACACCGAUGGACAGCUAGGGCCUCAGAAAGCGCCAGGACCACACAAAAAGCCGCUGGAACUGCUCAUCUAUCCUGCACCAGUCGAUUUAUCAUCGGUUUCCGGAGCUACCUCAUCCCGGGUAGUGCAGGUUGCGGCAGGCCGAGCCCAUGUGCUGGCGCUUACGGAAUCGGGGACCGUGCUUGCGCUCGGAAAUAACGCUUACGGCCAGUGCGGUCGACGAAUUAUAGCGGAUGAGGACUAUUUUGGGAGCCCUAUCGUCAACGUACUCAAGCAGCCGGACGACGAUCCGGUAAAAGCGAUCGAGUGUGGCCAGGAUCACAGUUUUCUGGUGACCGAAGGUGGCCGUGUAUUUUCCUGCGGAUGGAGUGACGAUGGCCAGAGUGGGCAAGGUCGAUACGGUUUGAUCGAUACGGUUGGCGCUGUUGAGGGUGAUAUUAAGAAUGAACGGAUCGUAAAGGUGACCAGCACUUGCGAUACGGUGUUAGCGAUAAAUGACAAGGGAGAACUGUUCGGUUGGGGAAACUCCGAAUACGGACAGCUUGGUGUGGUGGCAGCCGACAAUCCCCAGAUCAAUACACCACGACGGUUAACGUUCUCGAAGCAGUGCGGAAAGUUGAUCGAUAUAGCCGCUGCUGGAUCGUACUGUCUUGCACUGAAUGAAAAUGGUGACGUUUUUGCGUGGGGCUACGGAAUACUAGGCUUUGGACCGAAUGUACAACAUCAGCCGGCACCGACACUGAUUCCCCCAACGUUGUUUGGGCGCAACGAGUUCUCACCGAACACGCGCGUGAUAGCGAUUUCCUGUGGGGUUACACAUUCGGCCGCGAUCAACGAUCAGCAGGAUCUGUACAUGUGGGGCCACAAUCGGUACGCGUGCCUUGGGCUGGGGCACAAAAAUGAUCAAUUUUUCCCCUUUAAAGUAGCUAUCAAUGCUAGCGUGCUGAAGAUCACCUGCGGUGUGGAUCAUACGAUCGCACUGUGUCGAGGUUUUGUGUAAGCAUCUGGGUAUGCCAUGACGAAGGCACCAAGAAUCUCGUAGCCCCAAGCUCCCCACAACGGAGCAGCGGUUGCCAUGGAAGUGUAGCAGCGUGAACUACUAUGCCGGUGGUUCGUACUUAUGCCAAAGAAAUAAUGUCCUCGCGCUCAUUGCUUGGUGUGGCAGUGCGCUGGAUGAUAACAUUCCGUUACUUAAGAAUCGACGGUGCUACUCACGAUCAUUCAAAAGCCAAAGGUCCGUUUAUGGAUGGGCCAAACGUGGAUGAGUUUCUAGUGGUUGCUUGUAGCCUGUCGAGACAAUCGAAUAGAUGGAAUCCAACUGAGUUCUUUGUUUUGUCGCUGUUGUGAACGGAAUGAGUUGUUGCGCACCAGCCAUCCGUAAUCUUCCGUCAUGCUCGUGGCUGGAACAUCGUGACCCGGUUCUGAUUGUGAUAUUACCAGCCCACAAUCGUCGCUGAACACGAUUUCAUGCCAUUGCGUGGUACUUAUUCGAGGAAAGUAGAGCCUCGAAGGGCUAAAAAACGGAUUAGAGUUACCUGGCCUAACAGCAGUUGACCAAAGCGGUUAAAAUGAAGGAAAAAAUAACGCUUAAACAGGAUUCUAG